UGUGAUGUCAGACGACGGCUAUCGUCCAAUUCAAUAAUAACGAGUGAGUACAACAACGUAGAUAUAUUGUACAUAUAGCUGAUGGAUGGAUAGUUGUAUGAAUAGCUAGAUCAUACACAACACACCGCUCUUCACAGUCACACAGUGCACAUCACAAGAGCUUCGAAGCUACAAACAACACCAACAGAAUCAAAAAGAAUCAAAAAGAAUCAAGGAAGAAGCCUGUAAAGUGUCAGUUUAUUCAUUGCGACGCGUUCAUUUUUUUUCCUUAUAAUUAUUUUAAAAAAUUUUACGCACAAUUCAUCAUUUAUUUAGUUUAAAUUUAUAUUUUAAUAAUAACAAGUAUUUUUUUUUAUUAUUAACAAUAUUGUUUAAAAGUUUAAGAUAUUUUUUUUAUACCGGCGUUUAAACAAAAAAAAAACGACGCGAUUAAAAUUAUCUAUUUUUUUAUUAUAAUUAAGGUGAGUUUAUUUAUUACAUUAUUCAUAAUUUUCUAAUUUUUAUUUAUUAUUAUUAAUUUAACAAUUCAUGGUUAUUUAUUUAAUUGUUAAUAAUAUUGUAAUUAUAUUUAUUGAGUAAUAUGUAGAAAAAGUUAAGUAAUAUAUAUGACACGUGGUGAUGGCGCAGGAGUCGGUUAAUAAUCUUUUUUUUUUUCUAAUCUUAUGACGUCAUCAAAGCGUCCGGAAAGCAUCGCGUGAUAUUCCUCCCCUUCUGUUCUAUAUAGAAAUUUAACCACCCUACCCCCUCUCAUAUGGGACCCCUAUUACUCUGAGAUAAUUAAAUUUUACUCACUAUAAUUUCAAUAUAAUAAAAUAUAUAAAUUACAAGUCAAUUAAAUAAUUAAUCUCUAUUUUAAAUAUUUAAAAAAAUCCAUCAUUUAAAUAAACAUCAUUUAAAUACACUCAAUUCAGUGAUUUAAUUUAAUUUAAUUCAAUUUGACUUUAUAAUUUUUUAUUUAUGUAAAUUACCAUUGAAAGUUUAAUAUUUAUUAGGCAAUUUGCUUCUUUUUGUUUCUUUUUUUUUUCAAUAAUUAUCAUUGUUGUUACUGGGGUUUCAAUUAAUACCAAUUAUUUUAGUCAACUUAAUAACAACAACAACAAUUGCUAUUUACCUAUAUGAUAUUUUUAUUUACUGCGCAGUCUAGCUUGAAAUAUAUUUGUCAAAAAAAAAUAAUAAUUAAAUAUUCAUUAUUCAUCAGCAAGUAAUAAAUAAUAUGUUAUAUUUUGGAGGUAUGUUUGAUAAAUCGUGAUGUAGAUAUACCAUUUAUAUUAGCAAUUUAUUGUGCAAUAAUUAUUUACAACAUCCCUGACCUAGCAUAAUAAUAUAACAUUGAUUUAUCAAGUUUUUGUUGAUUUUAUCUUGAUGAUUAUUUAUUUUUUGUCUCAUCAAUGCUUGUCAUAUUUUCUUAUCUUUUGUAAAUAUUUAUAUACAUAAUAAUAAUGUAUUUUUUUUCUUUUUAUUUUUUCUAGCCUAUUGUCCACAAGGCUUAUAAUAAUAAUAACAACAACAAUAACAACAACUAAAUAUAAAUUUGAUUGAAAAAAUAAAACAACAUUAUUAUUAAUAAUAAUAAUAAUAAAAAAAAAAUGCCAGCACGCUUUGAAGGUGUUAGUAAUCCAACAGCUAUGGAUUCAUCAAAUGGUAAUGGUGAUUGUUCAUCACGAAAUAAAUCAUCAUCAUCAUCAGAUGAUGACAUUGUCAUCAGUGGUUUUUCUGGUAGAUUACCUGAAUCAUCAAGUAUUGAUGAAUUUAAACGUAAUUUAUUUGAAGGUGUUGAUAUGGUUACUGAUGAUGAAAGAAGAUGGCCAAAUGGUUUACAUGGUUUACCAUCAAGAACUGGUAAAAUAAAAGAUUUAUCAUCAUUUGAUGCUGUAUUUUUUGGUGUACAUGCUAAACAAGCAACAGUUAUGGAUCCACAAUUACGUAUAUUAUUAGAAUUAACACAUGAAGCAAUAAUUGAUGCUGGUAUUAAUCCAAAUGAUAUACGUGGUACAAAUACUGGUGUAUUUAUUGGUGUAUCUGAUUCUGAAUCAGAUGAAUUUUGGACAGCUGAUCCAGAUAUGGUUAAUGGUUAUGGUUUAACUGGUUGUUGUCGUGCAAUGUUUCCAAAUAGAAUAUCAUAUACAUUUGAUUUUAAAGGACCAAGUUUUGCACUUGAUACAGCAUGUUCAUCAUCAUUAUAUGCAAUGCAUCAAGCAAUAUUAUCAAUGCGUAAUGGUGAAUGUGAUGCAGCAAUUGUUGGUGGUGUUAAUCUUGUACUUAAACCAACAUCAUCAUUACAAUUUCAUCGUUUAAGUAUGUUAUCACCUGAUGGUUCAUGUAAAGCAUUUGAUGCAUCUGGUAAUGGUUAUGUACGUUCUGAAGCAGCUGUUGUUAUAUAUUUACAAAAAACACGUGAUGCACGUCGUAUUUAUGCAACUGUUGUUAAUUCAAAAACAAAUGUUGAUGGUAAUAAAUCAGAGGGUAUAACAUUUCCAUCUGGUGCAAUGCAAAAUAAAUUAAUGCGUCAAGUUUAUGAUGAAGCUGGUGUUGAUCCAUGUGAUGUAUGUUAUGUUGAAGCACAUGGUACUGGUACUAAAGUUGGUGAUCCACAAGAAGUUAAUUCAAUUGCUGAUUUAUUUUGUCAAAAAAAACGUAAAACACCAUUAUUAAUUGGUUCAAUUAAAUCAAAUAUGGGACAUUCAGAACCAGCAUCUGGUUUAUGUUCAAUUGCUAAAAUGUUAAUUGCCAUGGAAGCUGGUGUUAUACCAGCAAAUUUACAUUUUAAUAAACCAAAUCCAGAUAUACCAGCAUUAAAUGAUGGACGUAUUAUUGUUGUUGAUAAAGCAAGACCAUGGAAUGGUGGUUUAAUUGCAAUUAAUUCAUUUGGUUUUGGUGGUGCAAAUGCACAUGUUAUAUUACGUAGUAAUCCAAAACCAAAAUUAUUACCAUCAAUUAAUAAUGAUAUACCAAAAAUUGUUGCUGUAUCAGGACGUACAAAUGAUUCAAUUAAUAUGUUUUUAGAUAAAAUACAAGAAUAUGAAAAAGAUGAUGAAUUUAUAUCACUUGUACAUAAAUUACAUAAUAAUAAUAUUGUUGGACAUAAUUAUCGUGGUUUUCAAAUAUUAGGUACAAAUAAAUAUCGUGAAAUUGAUGAAUAUAGACCACCAGUACAAACAGCAACAUCAACAUCAGAUAAAAGACCAAUAUGGUAUGUAUUUUCUGGUAUGGGAAGUCAAUGGGCUGGUAUGGGUAGACAACUUAUGCCAAUAAAACAAUUUGAAAAAAGUUUAAAAUUAUGUGCUGCAGCACUUGAACCACUUGGUAUUGAUUUAAUGGAUUUAAUAUUAAAUGGUACAAAUUCAAGUUUUGAAAGUGUUCUUAAUAGUUUUGUAUCAAUUGCUGCAAUACAAGUUGCAAUUGUUGAUGUAUUAACAAUGAUUGGUAUUAAACCAGAUGGUAUUGUUGGUCAUUCAGUUGGUGAACUUGGUUGUGCAUAUGCUGAUGAUACAUUUACACCAGAACAAACUGUUUUAGCAGCAUAUUGGCGUGGUAAAAGUAUACAAGAAGCAAAUUUACCACCAGGUGCUAUGGCUGCUGUUGGUUUAACAUGGCAACAAGCUAUUGAUAGAUGUCCUAAAGAUAUAUCACCAGCAUGUCAUAAUUCAAAUGAUUCAGUAACAGUAUCUGGACCAGUUGAUUCAAUUAAUAAAUUUGUUGAUGAAUUAAAAAAAGAAGAAAUAUUUGCUAAAGUUGUUAAUAGUUCUGGUGUUGCAUUUCAUAGUAAAUAUAUAUCAUCUGCUGGACCAAAACUACGUGAUGUACUUGAUAAAUUAAUUAAAAAUCCAAAACAAAGAUCAUCAAAAUGGAUAUCAUCAUCAAUACCAGAAAGUUCAUGGUCAACACCAUUAGCUAAAUUAUCAUCACCAGCAUAUCAUGUUAAUAAUUUAUUAUCACCAGUAUUAUUUCAAGAAGCAAUUAAACAUAUACCAGAUAAUGCAAUUGUCAUUGAAAUAGCACCACAUUGUUUAUUACAAGCAAUUCUAAAAAGAUCAUUACCAAAAACAUGUACAAAUAUUGGUUUACAUAAACGUGAUCAUGCUAAUAAUUUAGAAUUUUUAUUAAUGAAUUUGGGUAAAUUAUAUAAUGCUGGUGGACAACCAGAUUUUACAAAAUUAUAUCAAACAAUUAAUUAUCCAGUUGGACGUGGUACACCAAUGAUUAAUUCAAUGAUUGGUUGGGAUCAUUCAAUUGAAUGGGCUGUUGCUGAUUUUUCUGGUAAAAGUGGUGGUUCUGGUGAAACAAUUAUUGAAAUUGAUUUAUCAAAAGAUGAGCAUUCAUAUAUAUCUGGACAUACUAUUGAUGGUAGAAUAUUAUUUCCAGCAACUGGUUAUUUAACACUUGUAUGGAAAACAUUUGCUAAAUUACAUAAUACUGAUUAUGAAAAAUUACCAAUAACAUUUGAAAAUGUACAAUUUCAUCGUGCAACAAUAAUGCCAAAAGAAGGACCAGUUAGAUUUUUAAUAAAUAUAUUUGAUGGUACUGGUGAUUUUGAAAUAUGUGAAGGUGGCUCACCAGCAGUUACUGGUAAAAUAUUUAAAUCUGAUGAUCCAACAAAAGAUCAAUUAAAUAAUUUACCAAUACCAUCAGCUAAUAAUACUAAUGAUGUUGAUGGUGAAUUAUUAAAUCUUAAUAAAACUGAUAUUUAUAAAGAUUUACGUUUACGUGGUUAUGAUUAUGGUGGUAUAUUUCAAGGUAUUAAAACAUCAAAUAAUCAUGGUAAUACUGGUGAAUUAGUAUGGAAUAAUGAUUGGAUAUCAUUUAUGGAUACAAUGUUACAAUAUAGUAUACUUGGUGGUAAUUCACGUGAUCUUUAUUUACCAGUACGUAUACAAUAUGCUGCUAUUAAUCCAAUUGGUCAUUAUGAAAUGCUUAAAAAUAAUGAAAUUGAAAUUGAAAAUGCAAAUGAUGUUGCUGAAGUUGAUGCUAAACCAAGUGAAAAAACAUUAAAUGUUUAUUCUUAUAAAAAUAUUAAUCUUGUUAAAUGUGGUGGUGUUGAAAUACGUGGUAUGAAAGCAUCACUUGCAUCAAGAAGACAACAAACUCAAUCAAGUCCAAAACAUGAAAAAUAUGUAUUUAUACCAUAUGAAAAUAAUCAAAUACUUGUUGAAGAUCCAACAAAAUCAAGAUUACAUGCAUUAACAGUUAUGCUACAAACAGUUAUUGAAAAUUUAAAUGUAUUAAAAAUAAAAGGUGUUGAAGAUGCUGGUGAAAGAAGUGCUGAAUCAUUAUUAUCACCAAUAAUAAUGGAUAUUCUAUUAUCUGAACCAGGUAUGAGUGCUGAUGUACAAGUUGCAACAACAACACCAGAAACAUAUUCAACAUUUUUAGAUCAAUGGAAUGUUAAAAUUGUUAGUGGUGGUAAAGAUGCAUCAAAAACAACAAUUGGACAAGAUUUACAUAUUGUUAUUGGUGCUGAUGUAUUAAGUAAUGGUAAUAAAACAGCAUUAACAAAUCUUGAAGCAUCAAUAAAACAUGGUGGUUUUAUAAUACUUGAAGAAACUGGUAAUAUACAAAAAUCAUUAUUACAUAAAACUGAACUUGUUAUUGUUGGUAUGCAAAUAUGUACUGGUAAAACAUAUGUAUUAAUUAAAAAAAUACAAGAAAAAAUUGAACCAAUAAUAAUACAAAUAAGUGAAAAAAAUUUUUCAUGGCUUGAAGGUGUUAAAUCAGCAUUAAAAAAAUCAGCUGAAGAUGAAAAUAUUAAAAUAUUGCUAGUAUCACAAGGUGAAGAAUUACUUGGUAUUGUUGGUUUAAUGACAUGUAUUAGACGUGAAAAUGGUGGUAAUAAUACACAAUAUAUAUUUAUACAAGAUAAAAAUGCACCAAAAUUCACCCUGACAAAUGAAUUUUAUUCAAAACAAAUUGAUAAACAAUUAAUGGCAAAUGUAUUGAAAGGUAAUCAAUGGGGUAGUUAUCGUCAUUUACGUUUAGAUCAACAAACAGAUGCAUCAUCAUUACAAGUUGAACAUGCAUAUAUUAAUGCAUUAACACGUGGUGAUUUAAGUAGUUUAAGAUGGAUUGAAGGUCCAUUGAGUUAUUAUCAUCCAGAAAAAUAUCCACAAAGUGAAUUAUGUAGUGUUUAUUAUGCACCAUUAAAUUUCCGUGAUAUUAUGUUGGCAACUGGUAAACUAUCACCAGAUGCAUUACCCGGUGAUUUAGCUGGACAAGAUUGUAUUCUUGGUCUUGAAUUUUCUGGACGUAAUUCAAUUGGUAAACGUGUUAUGGGAAUUGUUGCUGCACGUGGUUUAGCAACAACAUUAUUAGCUGAUCCAAAAUUCAUGUGGCAAAUACCAGAUAAAUGGAGUAUGGAAGAAGCAGCAACAAUACCAGUAUGUUAUUCAACAUCAUAUUAUGCACUUGUUGUUAGAGGUAAAAUGCGUAAAGGUGAAACUGUAUUAAUUCAUGCUGGUACUGGUGGUGUUGGACAAGCAUCAAUAUCAAUUGCAUUACAUGCUGGUUGUAAAGUAUUUACAACUGUUGGUUCAACUGAAAAACGUGAAUUAUUAAAAAAAUUAUAUCCACAAUUAACUGAUGAUAAUAUUGGUAAUUCACGUGAUACUAGUUUUGAACAGUUAAUAUUAAAUCAAACACAAGGACGUGGUGUUGAUAUUGUAUUAAAUUCACUUGCUGGUAAUAUGUUACAAGCAAGUAUAAGAUGUCUUGCUAAUAAUGGUAGAUUUUUAGAAAUUGGUAAAUUUGAUUUAAGUAAUAAUACAGCACUUGGUAUGUCUGUAUUUUUAAAAAAUACUAGUUUUCAUGGUAUAUUAUUAGAUGCAUUAUUUGAUAAUGAUUGUCCAGAAAAAACUGAAAUAGUACGUCUUGUUGAUGAGGGUAUUAAAACUGGUGCUGUUAAACCAUUACCAUUAACAGUAUUUACUGAACAACAAAUUGAACAUGGUUUUCGUUAUAUGGCAUCUGGUAAACAUAUGGGUAAAAUAUUAUUAAAAAUACGUGAUGAAGAAACAACAACAUCAACAUCACGUUUUGUUGAUACUAUUAAACCAGCAUUAAAAACAGUUGCAGCAAUACCAAGAACAUAUAUGAAUCCAGAUAAAUCAUAUGUACUUGUUGGUGGUCUUGGUGGUUUUGGUCUUGAACUUGCACACUGGAUGAUAACACGUGGUGCAAAAUAUAUUGUAUUAACAUCAAGAUCUGGUGUACGUAAUGGUUAUCAAUCAUUGUGUAUACGUCGUUGGCGUGAAAUGGGUAUAAAUAUUGUUGUAUCAAAAUGUGAUGCAACAACAAUUGAUGGAGCUGAAAAAUUAAUAAAUAUAUCAAAUAAAUUAGCACCAAUUGGUGGUAUAUUUAAUUUAGCUGCUGUAUUACGUGAUAAUUUAAUUGAAAAUUUAAAUGAAGCUGAUUUUAAAAUAUCAUCAUUACCAAAAAUUGAUGCAACAAAAAAUUUAGAUAUAUUAUCAAGAAAAUAUUGUCCAUCACUUGAUUAUUUUGUUGUAUUUUCAUCUGUAUCAUGUGGUCGUGGUAAUCAAGGACAAACAAAUUAUGGUUUAUCAAAUUCAGCAAUGGAAAGAAUUGUUGAACAAAGACAAUCAAUGGGUUUACCUGGUUUAGCAAUACAAUGGGGUGCUAUUGGUGAUGUUGGUCUUAUUGUUGAUACAAUGGGUGGUAAUUCUGAUACUGAAGUUGGUGGUACAUUACCACAAAGAAUGAAUAGUUGUUUAGCAACAAUGGAUGUAUUUUUACAACAACCACAUCCAGUAUUAGCAAGUAUGGUAUUGGCUGAUAUUAAUAAAUCAAAUGAUAAUACUGGUAAUCAAGUAUCAUUACUUGAUGCUGUUGGUAAUAUUCUGGGUAUUAAAGAUGUUAAAACAGUUAAUCCAGCAAAUAGUUUAGCUGAUUUAGGUAUGGAUUCAUUAAUGGGUACUGAAAUUAAACAAACAUUAGAAAGAAAUUAUGAUCUUGUUUUAUCAGCACAAGAAAUUCGUGUAUUGACAUUUGAAAAAUUAGCAGCAUUAUCUGGUGGUGGUGGUGGUGCUAGUGAAGCAACUGAUAAUAAAGACAAUACUAAUGACAACAACACUACAACAAAUAAUAAUAAUAAUACAAAUAAUGAUGAUAAAACAAUUCCAACAACACCAACAUCACCAGAUCAUUCAGUUGAUAAUAGUUUAUUAUUCCAAUGUACUGGAAAUGAAAUAUUACCUAAAAAUUCAAUAAUAAGAUUAGAAUCAAAAAGUAAUACUGGUGAACCAGUAUUUUUUGUUUCUGCAAUUGAAGGAAUGGUAUCAAGUUUAGUUAAUAUUGCACUUGAAUUAAAAAGACCAGUUUAUGGUUUACAAUGUAUUAAAGGUGCACCUCUAGAUUCAUUAAAUGAUUUAGCUGAAUUUUAUAUUAAAGAAAUUAAAAAAAUACAAAAAAAAGGACCAUAUACAUUAAUGGGUUAUUCAUUUGGUGCUUGUGUUGCAUUUGAAAUGGGUUUACAAUUGGAAAAUAAUAAUGAAAAAGUUAUACUUAAUUUACUUGAUGGUUCACCAGAUUUUGUUGUAUUACAUACUAAAUCAAUUGGUAAACAAACUGGUAAAAAUGUACAUGCUGAUGGUUGUAGAAAAGCAUUGUCAUUCUUUGUACGUCAAAUAAAUAGUAGUGUUAAUUUCAUAAAUGUUUAUACAACAUUAAGAGACAUUGAAAAUCAUGAUGAUAUGUUAAAUAAAAUGGUUGAAUUAAUUGGUACAACAUCAUUCAAUAGUGAAGAUUUAAAAAUUGCUGGUAUGUUGUUUUAUAAAAAAAUAUUUUCAUCAGUUGCAUAUAAACCAUCUGGUAAAUAUAAGGGACCAGUUACACUUCUUAAAGCAACUGAUACAUUUAUGUCAUUCAACAAAGAUUAUGGACUUGGCGAGCAUUGCGAACAAGACGUAAGAAUUGAAGAAUUAUUGGGUAACCACAGAACAAUAACUGCUGGUGGUAAUGCAAAACAAAUUGCUGAGAUUUUCUUUGCGUGAGAAUUACUAAAAAACAUUGAAAAAAAAAAACAUAAAAAAAAAAAAAGACGACGACAAAAGAAACACUGAAAAGUUUAUCUUUUAUCUCAUAAAAUAUAUAUAAUAAAAAAUGCACAUAUUACUAUUAUUAUUAUUAUUAAUUUGACUCUCUUAUUUUAUAUAUAAAUAAAUAAUAAUAAUAAUAUUAAAUAUUGGUAUUUGAACAAAUAAUUAGUAUGACAUCAUCAAGUCAUUCCAUUGAUUAAUAAUUAAAAGAAACAAACAAAAAAAAUAAUAAACUCAUUUAUACAAAAAUAUUUUUUACAUACUUAUAUACAAGUUAAUAUUAUAUUCAUCAUAAUUUAUAUAUUGUUUAGAUAUUUUUUUUAAAAAUGCGCGAUGAAAUUCAAUUGUUGAUAAUGCAGUCUUUAAAUAAUUUUACUCAGUGGACAGGGUGGUUUUAUUUUUAAGCUGUAUAUGAUACAUGACACACACAUAUUUAUAAAUAAUAAUUACUUGUGUGUUUACAUUAAUAAUUAUUAAGUUAUAUAAAAUUAAAAAUAAUCAAUAAUUCAGAAUGAUAGUAACACUCAACAAAAUGUAAAAUAAUAAUAAUUAAGAUGUUAUAUUUUUUUAAAACGUGUCAUUGAAAAGAAGGGUAGUUUUUUUGUUUUUUAUUUUAUACAACAUACACGUCUUUUUUUUUUUUUCAAUGAUAAGAAGUAGAUAAUUAAGUAACUCUCAGAUGAAAAAAAUAAUUGAGCAUUUAACAAAGAGUCUCAUAAGAUUAUGAUGCAAAAAAAAACAAAAUACAAUUAUAAGACUUAGUGUUUAUUUUGGUUGUCAAUGAUUUUUAUUAUCAUCAUUUAUAAUAGAUGUAAAAACAAACAAAUGUAAAAAUAAUAAUAAAAUAGAUAUAGUCUUCUUUGAAUAUUAGUUUGUUAAUUAUUUUUACCUAAAUAAUAAUUAUGUUUUAUUUUGUUUAUGGUCUUGUAAAAAUAUAUAUACAUCUUGUUCUAUUUUUUAGACAAUUACAACAUGAAAAUUAAACAAAGAUUAAAUUAGAAUUUUUCUUAUCUAAAUUUCGAAAUAAUAAUAUAUUUUUGAAGGUAAAAAUAUAUAGGUCAAGUAGCAUUGUAAUGAUAAUUUAUAGAACGUUAUCACUACUAGUUUUUGGUGAUAAAAUAUACAUUACAUUUCACAACAAGUAAAUACACGAAAAAAAUGAUAUCAAAUUAAAGAUAUGACAAAU